GGAGGGAGGCCGCGCCCCCCGCCAAGAUGGCGCUCUCGAAGCGGGAGCUGGACGAGCUGAAGCCCUGGGUGGAGAAGACGGUGAAGCGGGUCCUCGGCUUCUCCGAGCCCACCGUGGUGACCGCCGCGCUGAACUGCGUCGGGAAAGGGAUGGACAAGAAGAAAGCGGCCGAUCAUCUCAAGCCCUUCCUGGAUGACUCCACCUUGAGGUUUGUGGAUAAGCUCUUUGAAGCCGUUGAGGAAGGACGGAGCUCUCGACACUCCAAGUCCAACAGCGACCGAAACCGGAAGAGAGAAUUAAAGGAUGUGUUUGGGGAUGACUCGGAGAUUUCUAAGGAGUCCUCGGGGGUCAAGAAACGGCGAAUCCCCCGCUUUGAGGAGGUGGAGGAAGAGCCCGAGGUCAUCCCUGGCCCACCCACCGAAAGCCCAGGGAUGCUGACCAAGCUUCAGAUCAAGCAAAUGAUGGAGGCCGCAACACGGCAGAUUGAGGAGAGGAAGAAACAGCUGAGUUUCAUCAGCUCCCCGGCUCCUCAGCCCAAAGCUCCGGCAGCCACUCCUCCCGAGCGCCUCCCGAUCGGGAACACCAUCCAGCCCUCGCAGGCAGCCACUUUCAUGAACGACGCCAUUGAGAAGGCCCGGAAAGCAGCGGAGUUGCAAGCCCGAAUCCAAGCCCAGCUGGCACUGAAACCUGGGCUGAUUGGCAACACCAACAUGGUGGGACUGGCCAACCUGCAUGCCAUGGGCAUCGCCCCACCGCCCAGGAAGGUGGAGCUGAAAGACCAGAGCAAACCGACGCCGCUGAUUCUGGAUGAGCAAGGUCGCACGGUGGACGCCACCGGUAAGGAGGUGGAGCUGACCCACCGCAUGCCGACGCUCAAGGCGAACAUCCGGGCUGUGAAGAGGGAGCAGUUCAAGCAGCAGCUGAAGGAGAAGCCCUCGGAGGACAUGGAGUCCAACACUUAUUUUGACCCCCGGGUCCCCAUCACCCCAGCUCAGCGGCCAAAGAGGACUUUCCGGUUUCAUGACAAGGGCAAGUUUGAAAAAAUAGCCCAACGGCUGCGGACGAAGGCCCAGUUAGAAAAGCUCCAGGCAGAGAUCUCGCAAGCUGCCAAGAAGACGGGAAUUCACACCUCGACCAAAUUGGCCCUUAUCACUCCCAAAAAGGAGGUGAAGGAGGGGGACAUUCCUGAGGUGGAGUGGUGGGACUCCUACAUCAUCCCCAACGGCAUGGACGUAAAAGCCACCGAUCUGUUUAAACGGGAGGACUAUUUCGGCAUCACGAACUUGGUGGAGCAUCCGGCUCAGCUCAGCCCUCCAGUGGACAGUGACCUGCCGGUGACCCUUGGGGUCUACCUGACCAAAAAAGAGCAGAAGAAACUUCGUCGCCAGACCCGCCGGGAAGCCCAGAAGGAGCUGCAGGAGAAAGUCCGACUCGGCCUGAUGCCCCCUCCAGAGCCAAAAGUCCGAAUCUCAAACCUGAUGCGAGUUUUGGGGACAGAAGCUGUUCAGGACCCAACCAAAGUAGAAGCCCAUGUCCGAGCACAGAUGGCCAAGAGGCAGAAAGCUCACGAGGAGGCAAACGCCGCCCGAAAGCUGACCGUGGAACAGAGGAAGGCGAAAAAGGUGAAAAAGCUUAAGGAGGACAUUUCGCAGGGCGUUCACAUAGCCGUUUACAGAGUCCGGAAUCUAGGUAACCCAGCAAAGAAAUUCAAAAUUGAAGCGAACGCCAGCCAGUUGUACUUAACCGGAGUUGUGGUUUUACACAAAGAUGUCAAUGUGGUGGUGGUAGAAGGAGGUCCCAAAGCACAGAAGAAAUUUAAGCGGCUCAUGUUACAUCGAAUAAAAUGGGACGAGCAGACGUCCAACACAAAAGGAGACGAUGAUGAGGAAUCUGAUGAGGAAUCUGUGAAAAAAACCAACAAAUGUUCCCUGGUUUGGGAGGGCACGGCAAAGGAGCGAAGCUUUGGCGAGAUCAAAUUCAAGCAGUGUCCUACCGAAAACAUGGCACGGGAGCAUUUUAAGAAACACGGCACUGAGCAUUACUGGGAUCUGGCUCUGAGCGAGUCCGUCCUAGAACCCACAGACUGACGGCCUUUUCUGGAGCCCCUUCUCACACUUCUGGGUGUUUGACAUAAAGAGCAAGAACUGAGCAGAAACAUUAGACUCUAAGCCGUGCCCCCCCCCCAAUCCUCAUUCCCACAAAUUCCUCACAGUACAAUGCAUACAAUUAAAGGAAAUAUUUUUCAGAUCCAAAUCACAGGUUUUGAUUUUAAUGUUUGGCUUUGGACUAAAACCACUUGAUUGCGCACUCCAAACUUUCCUGCCACGCAAUCCGGAAGAAAUCAAGUUGAAACUUAAGCAGCAGCAGAAGAAGAAGCCAUUUAUCAGCCAUCGUCUCCUCUCCUGAAGCUUUCCCACAAUACUCUAUAUUGAGGCCUGUAUUUAUACUGAUUAAAAGUCCUCUUGUC